GAGAGAGAGAGAGAGAGAGAGAGAGAGAGAGAGAGAGGGAGAGAGGGAGAGAGAGACGAAGAGGAGGAGGAGGGGAAGGAGGAAAAAGAGGGAAAGAAGAAGCAGUGAUCUGAGAGCGAGCCCAGCAGAUCUUUCUCGCUUGCAGAGCUGGGGGCUGGCUGGCUCCGAGAAGUGGAGAGAGGAGGCGAGGCCCGAAGGACUAGCGGAGAGCGCGGCUCCUGCUUCAGUGUGAUCGGAGAAGAGGGACCCACGGCUCCCGAGAAGCCAGCCAGAGACAAGAGCUUGGACCCUGGACCCUAGACCCCGGAGCCCCGGAGCCGCGAUGUGGCCCGGACUGGCGCGAUGUGCCUGCGUCCCCGCGGGCUGCGGGGCGCACACAGAUGCCUUCUGAUGGAAAAGACUGCUCCAGCUUGAGAAGAUGAUAUCUUGAGAGUUCAGUGUAUCUUGGCUGUCACCAUGUCUGUGAACACAUCCAAGCAGCCACCUUCUUCUGCUGCAGGGCUCCUUACCAACACCACCUGCCAAACUGAAAACAGGCUCUCUGUCUUUUUCUCUGUUAUCUUUAUGACAGUAGGAAUCCUCUCCAACAGCCUGGCCAUUGCUAUCCUCAUGAAGGCAUACCAGCGAUUUAGGCAAAAGUCUAAGGCAUCCUUCCUUCUCUUUGCCAGCAGUCUGGUGAUCACUGACCUUUUUGGCCAUCUCAUCAAUGGAGCCAUAGCUGUGUUUGUCUAUGCCUCCAACAAGGACUGGAUCCGUUUUGAUCAGUCUAAUGUCUUGUGUAGCAUUUUUGGCAUAUGCAUGGUGUUCUUUGGGCUGUGCCCCCUUUUCCUGGGUAGUGUGAUGGCUGUGGAGAGAUGCAUCGGAGUUACCAAACCCAUAUUCCACUCCACGAAGAUGACGUCCAAGCAUGUGAAGAUCAUGCUAGCGUGUGUGUGCCUCUUUGCCAUCUUCAUUGCCAUGCUGCCCAUCUUGGGACUCCGAGCCUAUGAGAUCCAAGCAACCCGGACCUGGUGUUUCUACAGAACCGAGCACAUCCAAGACUGGGAGGACCGAUUUUAUAUCUUGCUCUUUUCUUUUCUGGGGUUCUUAGCUCUGGGCAUUUCAUUCGUGUGCAAUGCCAUCACAGGAAUAGCGCUCCUAAGAGUCAAGUUCAAAACCCAGCAGCACCGACAAGGCAGGUCUCAUCAUUUUGAAAUGAUCAUUCAGCUCUUGGCCAUAAUGUGCGUCUCUUGCAUUUGCUGGAGUCCGUUUCUGGUAACCAUGGCCAGCACUGGAAUCAGUGGAGGAGACUCCCUGGAAACCUGUGAGAGGGUUCUCUUUGCUCUCCGCAUGGCCACGUGGAAUCAGAUUUUGGAUCCCUGGGUGUACAUCCUGCUGAGGAGAGCUGUACUCAAGAACCUCUACAAGGUCGCCCGGCGGUGCUGUGGAGUGCGUGCCAUCAUCAGCUUGCACGCUUGGGAGCUCAGCUCCAUUAAGAAUUCCUUAAAGGUUGCAGCCAUUUCAGAGAGCCCCCCUACUGAGAGAACAAGCCCACAGCCACCCACCUUCACAGGGCAAUGAGCCUGUGGAGGCCCAGCAAAGAUGAGACAGGCCUGAGGCCAUUAUCCUGUUAACUCGAUAAUUACAGCCUGCAUGUUUGAGAGCUGACAUGGUUUAUACAGUCAUUGAAUUAACUGGAUAAUUGCAAACCUCUGCUUUGCUUUAUGUAGACACAGCCUCAAGGCAAAGUGUAUGAUGAAAUGACAUGAGGGCCAUAGAGUGAGGUCAACUUUGUGGUCAACUGUGUCUGUGACUAGGUGAAUUCUCCAAGGUUGACCAAGGAGUCCCCAAAUGAGCACUUAGACACCCUAACUAGAGCUGAGCUGGAAGGGGGCUCAGAAAAGCUGGAAUGGACCAUCAUUAUAUAGAUAAGGGAACCGAGGCCAAGGAAGCCUAUUGACUUACCUAGGACCACACAGGAGUAAAUGUGAAAGUUGGUCUGGGGACACAGCUCCAGUUUUUGGCUGGCUGGUCCCCAACUUUGUCAUUUGGUCCCCAAGGUACACUCAGUGGGUUGAUAUUGCCAUAUUUCUGGUCUUGUCUGAUCUCUCAGUGAUUGUAAAGGCCAUCCUAGGCCAGGUCACAGAACCAUAGAAUUGCAAAGUGGGAAGGGGCCACUAAUCUGACCCAAACCUGAAAGGAAUCUCUACUAGAGCCUAGCUGGCAAGUGGUCAGAGGUCCUGGAUUUGGAGACCUCCAGGUGGUCCAAGGCACUUCUGGCUCAGCCCAUGAAUUUCUGAUGCUGAGGCACAUUCAGGAUACAUGAACAUUGAGUGUGUGUGUGUGUGUGUGUGUGUGUGUGUGUGUGUGUGUGUGUGUAUAGACAGUCUAUAUAUUUCUUAGUGGUCAGAAUGCAAAGCCCCAAAUGGGGCUUAUGAAGAUUAUCAACCUAAGAAGUAGGCACCAAAACUGUAUUCCAAUUCAAUUCAAAUCCAUUCUGUAGGACUUUAUUGAGGACCUACUAUGUGCCAGACACUGUGUUGGGCACUGAAGAAAGACACAAAACCAGAACGAUCCCUGCCUUCAGGGUGGUGGGAGUGGGAAUGGGCACAACAUGUAUACAACUGACUGGACCCAAAAUGUCUACAAAGUAAUUGUGGGCAGCAUGAACAAUGGGGUGCAUUGAGACAUUUGCACCUCUUUUAGAAGGUAGUCUUCAUUCUAAGCCCUUGCCAAUCUGGACCACCAGAGCUGCUUGGUCACAGCCCACCAAGGCCACCACCUAAAGUGUGAUCUGCAUCAAAGGAUGGACUGUUUACAUAGAGGACAUCACAAUUCUUGGAAGUGGUCACGUCAGGAAAUGAGAGUUGGUGGGCUUUCACUAGGGGAAUCAUCAAAGAGGCCCUUUUCACCUGAAUGAUGUCAGGGGCAUCAGUCUUGCCUAGGGAAGCUAAAAUUGAAGGAACAGCCCCAUUAAUGGCCACACUCCAGAAUUUCUGUCCUGUCCAUGUAGGGCUCAGCAAUGUUAUUGAGUAAUAAUUAACUUCACUGAAAACAGGGAAAUGUGGAACCUCAGAGCCUGUCAAGUUUAACCCCUUCAUUUUACAGAUGAGGAAGUCAGGGCUGGAGAGGUUCAAUGACUGGCUGUGUUAAGUAGCAGAGCCAAGCUUCAGAAAGAUUGUCCCCCUUCUCAACAUUAUCUAGUGGAGUCAUGUUGGAUUCAUUUGAAGCAUCACCUGUAUGAGCAUCAGAGCUACUGAUGGUUCCUUUCUCCCUGUUGAAGGUGGUGAUAUCUAGGUGGUUGUGUCUAAGAAGGCCAGAUGACAAGAAUUUGAUCCCAAUUGUACUAAGGUAGUGACCUAGAAACCUGAGCUUUGGGAGCCCAUAAAUCCUCCAAGCAACUUCUCAGCUGGAAGCCAUUUUCAGUGUUGGAUCUUGUACUUGUAGGUUGAGGAGCAAGACCUUAUGCAGAUUUCCAUGACUAGCCUGAGCCUCCUGCAUAUUCAAUCUCAAAAUCUGAUGCCAAGUGCAGACCAUGUUGAUCCUACUCUCUGCUUUGGCUGUUUUCUGCUCCCAUUAGAAUAUAAGCUGCUUGAGGGCAGGGUCUGUCUUAGUUUCCCACGUUUAAUCCCUAGUGUUUAGCAUAGUGCUCAGCACAUUAUAAGUGCUUACUAAAUGUUUGAUCAUUUUAAUUCAUUCGUUCAUUUGGAGGGAAGAAAACCUGAAAUAUGAGCUUGCUUAUAGGUAGAAAGUUACAUCUUCUCAUAGUCAGUGUAAUUAUGCCAAAUGGAACAUGCCUAAAGCUUGUGUUACCUCUCUGUGCAAUGUAGUAAGCAGUCUUGCCUGGUGCCUGUGUUUCCUAGUGUGUGUCUGUCCUAGGUUAGAACCCCCAAGGAGGGCCUGCUUUUGGUAAAAGCAGAGAUACUUUUGGUGAAGUCUCUGGAUGACUUUCUCUGCCACAGGAUUGCUGUUUCCUUUUAGGGAACUGGAUGGGAAAGUUGUAAAUAUGCUACCUAUCAUUGCUUAAUCCAUCAUUUGGGUGUCACCAUCCAAGGUAACAGCUGCCAAGUGAUACUGGACACUUGAAAGUGACCAUCUGCUUACUCCACCAUUGAAGUCUGCCUUGGACUUUAUCAUGUGAAUUAAAGUAUUUUGUGUUCUCUGUCUUGGCUGAUGUGUAGAAAAGGUUCAAAAGUGAUGUGUAUAUUUGGUUGCUUGUAUUUUAUGUACCAGUAUUGUAAUGAAUGUAACUUUAAUGCUUCAUUAAAUG